GAGGGCUUUCGCCAGACUAUAUAAGGGGCCGCAUUGCUCGUGGACAUUUGGAAAUUAGUUUGUAGAAGUAGGAAAAUAUCUAAUAAUAAUCUAAUAACAAAUUCAGAACUAUCUUUUUAUUUCGAAACAAGUCUUUCCCACAUUUGAUCACAUCGAUCGGCUGUCAACAAUGUCUCAACAACUUUCCCUCGUUUCUCUGAUUUUGGCCUUGAACUGCGCCUUGGUCUAUCUACUUCCGCUGUCAGAUGACGCCGUGGGAAUACUUCCGGUCGUGCCAGAAAUCUCCGUCGAAGACAUCAGCGACGAGACCGAGACCAUCAGCGACUUCCUGAGAAACGUACAUAACAGUAAAGAUGUUUCCAUGGACCGCGACCACUCCCUGGAACUGGACGGACAUGAUUCACAAGUCACGGACUUUCUAGAAAACAUGUUUGGAAACGGCAGGGAUAAUGUGGACAGAAGAUCUUCAGACAAUGACCACACCGACGACUCCAAGGAACCUGUGCGAGGCACGGAUGACAGCAAAGAAAACAAAUCUACUGACAAAGAUCACGACGAUUCUAAAGACAAAGAACAUGAUAACUCUAAAGAUAAAGAUCACGAUAACUCAAGAGAUAAAGAUAAUGAUAACUCUAAAGAUAAAGAUCACGAUAACUCAAGAGAUAAAGAUAAUGAUAACUCUAAAGAUAAAGAUCACGAUAACUCAAGAGACAAAGACAAUGAUAACUCUAAAGAUAAAGAUCACGAUAACUCAAGAGAUAAAGAUAAUGAUAACUCUAAAGAUAAAGAUCACGACAACUCAAGAGAUAAAGAUAGUAAUAACUCUAAAGAUAAUGAUAACUCUAAAGAUAAAGAUCACAAUAACUCAAGAGAUAAAGAUAAUGAUAAUUCUAAAGAUAAAGAUCACGACAACUCAAAAGAUAAAGAUAGUAAUAACUCCAAAGAUAAUGAUAACUCUAAAGACAGAGAUCAGGAUAAUUCAAAAGAUAAAGAUCACGACAAUUCUAAAGAUGAUGACACAUGUCCAGCCAAUCCAGUGGAAAUUUCAGACCAUCAGCUGACUGUGACCACAGCCAAUGGAUGCAAAGUAGUCAUUAAGCUGGACGGUAUCACCAACAACAAACAGUUCAACGUGCAGGAUGACAAGCUGAAUGACGUCAGAACAAUUUUAUUGUCCUAUGAUGAUUAACUCCUGUUAAGGAAAGAAACAGUUCUUAAUGCCCCUGCUUAGUUUCUGCCUCCACGAUGACUCUGCUCUGUAUCUUGGUCUAUAUUUAAACACGCCUAUAAUGUGGACUACAUUUUAACGCAAUAAUUGGGGGCCAAUGUGUUCGUAUAACCAAUGACACAUUCGUUUAAAGACAUUCUUUAGUUGUGUGGAGAAUACAACGACCAAAGGCUCACAUUUUUAUUUUGGGGUCCGCUAAGUCCAUUUUUUUUUUGUAGGUAAAGGGUUAAAUUUGUAUACAGUGGCGAAGCAAGGCAUCCAUGUUGCCGGCAGGUCCGACGCCAGGGACGCUGAUAUUGUCAAUUGUAGUCAAACUGAAUUUCCGUUUGAUUGGAUCAAUAAAAUUAUCUUAUCUUAUCUAGAAACAAUUUGGAAUCUAGUUUGGGUACCGAAUAGAUGAUGGGGGAGGGGGGAGGGAGGGCAUUCACUAUUAUUGAAAUGCAUCUUGUAGAAGUAUUUGAAGGUUUUUCGGCAUCUGGGGGGGGGGGGGGGAGACAGACGGGAAAUCACAUGGGGCCGAAAAUAUUUCUGGGCCCUGGUUAAAAAAAUAGGCUGGGGUGUGACAAAAAGCAAGUCAGUUCAUUCUGUUUGUAUUAGAACAUAUACAAAAGAACAUAUAUAUAAUAUACAACGAACGUUCUAUAAAUAUUGGUGUGUCCUGACAUUAAAUUACGACUUGUUACAAAUAAAAGUGUCGUGACACUCAAUUCAUUUACAACUUCGUACACGUAACAAUUGUCACGCGUCUUGUUAUCAGAUAUUUGUAUUAUCAGUGCGGCACUGCAUCAGAUAUUUUUAUUAUCAUUGCGGCACUGCAUCAGAUAUUUUUAUUAUCAAUUUUAUUUCAUUUCCUUUUUUUUUUCGAUGGCUCCUGAUUUUCCUUAUUGGUAAUGGGUCUGGGCGCUAUGAACCCCUUUGCGCCUUUGUUGCUACGCCACUGCUUGUAUAAUAAUAAGAUUCUCAUUUCUAUUUAUCGUUUGAAUGCGUCUGGACUUUAAUUUGAAUUAGUAAUCCAUUUUUUUCUUACAAAGCUUAUAUCAACUCUCCGCCUGUCAAUGUGCUAAACAUUUUGUACACGUUAUUUCUCCCACUUCCCAUUCUCGGAUCAAGAUGAAAUUUUGAACAAUUGUUCAUUGUCCUUAACAAAACAUUAAAAAAUGUUUAAAAAUUAAUUAAUUAAUUAGUGGUACCGGUAAUUAACUAGUUUAGUUAGAUGUAGAAACAGAAAUAAAUAUUACACUAUUGAGAUAUAUUGCUGUAAAUGUGCUGUUCUUUUAAUUGUACAAGCUUUUUUUUUUACAUUGUUUUUCCUCAUCAUAGACUUUGACAGAUUUUUCCCUAGACCUAAAAGUCUAGAUUAUAUGAAUGCCGACUGUCUAACAAAUUUAGCUAUUUAAUAGCCAUAAUUAUUAGCGACUAUGAAGUCUUCACUUUCUGCUGUUCACCUGUCACGUGUGGCGCGCGGGUUAAUUUCUUAUGUUUGCAUUGAAGUCUGUGCAAAAACCGUUGCCUUGAUAUAGUCACAUGUUCCUUGUAUAAGUCUUCCGAAUUGUACAGCCAUAGAUAGACGCAUCUAGCUUGUACCAUACAAUAGUUACCAUUAAUGUUCAGUUCAGUUUGUAUACUUGCAUUAUUCUACAUUAUACCAUUUGACAAAGUGUGAUCGAUGUGCAUAUGUGAAAUAAAAAUGUUUUUCUACA